ACAUGGCUGGGACAAAGGCUCAGGAGAGCUGGGCUCCACCAGCUCUCUUCACUCCACCCUCUGUCGCUCCUCCUCCCGCUCCCUCCACGGAUCCUCCUGCUGUUCCUCCUCCUUCUCCUCAGUGCAUCUUCUCCACGUUUCCUCGGUUCCUCCUGGAGGCUCCGCUCGCGUCCAGGUUCCUCCUUCUUCUCCGGCGUCCACCUGCACGACGAGGACUCGGAGCUCGUGGCCGCGAUGCUCUCGGACUCCCUCCUCCAGCUCAUGAUGAUCUUCUCGUGCUCCUUCUGGGGAGAGUCUCGAGCCCAGCUCUCCAGGGUGCCCAGGUUCCAGGAAUGUCCUGUGGACCUCUUCUUUGUUCUGGACACAUCUGAGAGCGUGGCCUUGAGAUCCAAACCCCCCGAGUUCUACAUUGACCAGAUCAAGAGCUUCACCAAGAGCUUCAUCGAUGAGCUGAAAGACAUACGACAGCCAUGUGACCGGUUUGUGACGUGGAACUCAGGUGCGCUCCACUACAGUGACGAGAUCGUACUGGUGCGAGAGCUGAGUGACCUGAGCACCGAACGGUCCGCACUGAAGAGAGACAUCGACACCAUCUCCUACAUUGGCAAGGGCACCCACACAGACUGCGCCAUCAAGCAAGGCGUGGCGGAGCUUCUCGGGGGAGGCUCACAUUACAACGAGAACAAGUAUAUCGUAGUGGUGACAGAUGGCCAUCCGGUGACGGGAUACAAGGAACCCUGCGGCGGGCUGCAGGAAGCUGCCAAUGAGGCCAGACAGCACGGCAUCAAAGUGUUUGCUGUGGCCAUCUCUCCUGAUCAGGAGGACACCAGGCUCUCGGUCAUUGCCACCGAUGCCCAGUACCGUCAGAACUUCACCGCCGCUGACAAGGAGAAGUCUGUUCAGCUGAAGACCAUCCACAACAUUAUCAACAUCAUCAGAAACGAAACGAAGGACGUGUGCUGUUCCUUCGAUUGUCAUGCCAAAGGAGGACCAAAGGGCCCAGACGGGGACACCGGGUCGAAGGGUGAGACUGGCAGACAGGGAAUACCGGGAGAAAAGGGAGACAUUGGAGACAUGGGCCGUCCUGGGGAUCCCGGGCCACCCGGUUACCAGGGACGGAAGGGAGACUCAGGACCACGGGGAGAGAAGGGGGAGAGAGGACACAAGGGAUUCAAGGGAGACAAAGGACAGCGCGGGAUCGAUGGGGUAGACGGACGUAAGGGUGAGCCUGGAUUCCCAGGACUUACUGGAUGCAAAGGAUCUCCAGGACCAGAUGGGUUACAAGGAGAACCAGGUCCCAAGGGGGACCCUGGACCUUACGGCUCAAAAGGCACAAAGGGGGAACCUGGGCGGACUGGGGAGCCAGGGAGACGGGGAGACUACGGCCCUUCUGGGAGCAAGGGUGCGGGAGGACCAAGAGGUGCCAAUGGUGACAAAGGAGAGCGAGGAGAUGAUGGAGCAUCAGGACCAGACGGACCCCGCGGUGAAAGAGGAGCGCCAGGAGAGAAGGGCGAGCAGGGAUCCCGUGGAAGCAGAGGACCAAAAGGAGACGCGGGCGAGCCCGGUCCCAGGGGUGAGGCAGGCCGCGAAGGUUCACCGGGGCCCAGUGGAGAGCCGGGCGAACCCGGGCGGUCUGGGCCAAUGGGCUACCGCGGAGACGAGGGCCCCCUGGGACCAGAGGGACCAAAAGGGCCGAGAGGAAUCAAGGGCGCCCCAGGGGACCGAGGACUCAUGGGUGAAAGGGGAGAAGACGGGACUCCAGGAAACGGGACGCAAGGAUGCCACGGAUUCCAAGGUUACCCUGGCCCUAGAGGAGACCCAGGCGAGCCGGGAUCGAUGGGCACUCCGGGUCCCAAAGGAGACGACGGACAGCCAGGUGACCCCGGGCCAGAUAACGACCUGUCUGGGAGUCCAGGCCCCAAAGGAGCAAAGGGCUACCGAGGGCCUGAGGGAAGGCCUGGACCCCCUGGACCCCCAGGCCCAGAAGGCACAGAUGAGUGCGAGAUCCUGGAUAUUAUCAUGAAGAUGUGCUCUUGCUGUGAGUGCAAGUGUGGCCCACUGGACUUGGCCUUUGUUGUGGACAGCUCUGAGAGUAUCGGUGCAAACAACUUUGAAAUCGCCAAGGACUUCAUCAUUACAGUCAUUGACCGACUGAUGAAGGAUCAGCAAGUCAGGUUUGGAGGCGACGACUCCCGGAUCGGGGUUGUGCAGUACAGUGGGGAGAAUGCCCAGGAAGCCGUUCGGCUGGACGAUGCCAACAUCAGAACCAUCCCUGAACUGAAACAAGCAGUGAAAAAUCUCCGGUGGCUCGCAGAGGCUACCUACACAGGCGAGGCCCUACAGUUCUCCCUGACUAACAUGAUCAGCCGACUUAAGCAGAAGAACCGUGUGGUCCUGGUCCUGACAGACGGUCGCUCCGAUAUCACCAGGGACAAAGUGCCUCUCAGCGUGCUGUGUGACAAGGGCAUCCGGGUGGGUGGACUGGGUGUGAUGGACUACAGCGGUCGAGUGCCCAACCAGGAGCAGCUGGAGGACGUGGCGUGCACGAACAGCCCGGAGAAUGGUUUUACUUUCGUGCUGAAGAACUUUGCUGAGCUGCUUCAUGACUCUUUCUUGCAGAACCUCACUGCGCAGAUCUGUAAAGAUAAGAACUGCCCCAGUUACAAAUGUCCAAUUUCUUUCGGGGCCGACACGGACAUCACCAUCAUGAUGGACAGCUCCGCCAGCGUGGGCAGCAGGAACUUUGAGACGAGCAGGAUGUUUGUGAAGCGCCUCGCCGAGCGCUUCCUCACAGCGCAGCGGACAGGCCGAGCGACGGUCCGUGUGGCCGUGGCGCAGUACAGCCGCGACGCCACCAUGGAGGCCGACUUCUCCUCCAACUACACUCAGGUGUCUCGCCAGAUCGAUGGCGUCGCCUUCCGGAACGGAGCCACGGACAUCCCGGCUGCCCUGGGCUUCGCUGUCGAGAGGUUCAAGCGCAGCGGGAACCGUGUCAAGAAGCUGCUGUUCUUCUCGGACGGCCGCUCUCAGAGCGCCACCGAGAGCGACGUCGAGAAACGGGUGCGUGACGUGCAGGCCGCCGGCAUCGAGCUCUACGUGCUGACCGUGGGCGACGCGGUCAAUGAGUCCACGCUGCGGUCCCUGGUGAGCCGCGGGCGACCCUACGACGUAGCCUACGGCCACCGGCACCUGUUCAGGGCAACCGACUACCCAUCACUGCUGCGUGGCGUCUUCCACCACACCGUCUCCAGGAGGGUGUCCCUCCUGUGACAGGGUGCCGAGAGGGUCGGGGGGGGGGGGGGGGUGAUGACACGUUUUUUACCUGAUGCAUAACUUUAUGUAGACCCUGUAGGAUUUGAGUUCAUAUUCUCACUUAUGUUAGUGGCAGACUGAGGUUGUUGACAAGAAGAUGGAGAUAAAUUGCCACUGAAAAGCCCUGACCCCAGUUCAGCUUGCACGUGCGCGUGUGUGAGUGUGUGCGUAGAGCCCACUUUGUGUUCAUUGUCCUUCACUGCUGGAUGAGAACCACUCUUUUCCUGCACUUUGUAUUUAGCCAUUUCAGUGACCCCUGAGGGUUCUUGUGGGACUCUGAUGUCCGAUGGGCGACCUUCUCCUCGACCUUCUCUGCCGUCCACCGGUGCAGAAACGGUUAUUUCGGCGAGGUCUAUAAGAAAUACAGUUCUGGGCACAGAAGCCUCCUGUUUACUUUGUUAAACCAGGUGACGUUCUUCCUGAGACAGACAGCGCUGAAUGGGCUCCAGCUUCCGUUUCUCCAGCAGACCUCCAUGGGGGCACCAUCGAGAUGUUGGCCCAUCCUCUGUUCCCCCAGUAAAAGUUACCGUAUCCAAUGCAGCCUGUCCAUUGUGGUCUUUCCUCUGGCUUGUGGGGCUUUGAACCCACACACUUAUUAGUGGUGUUCUUUCCGAAGGGGCACUUUCACCCGUCUCGAAAGGGAACCGAGACCCUCCAGAGUCUCUCGCUGCGUGCAGGUGUCCAGCCGGAGGCGCAGCGACGGGACUGGAGCUCCUCGCUGGGGCUGCUCUCGUUCAGCGAAUUCCCACCACGGGCACCUGCAGUUGGUGCAAAACUGCGUCUUUGGCGAAAGUAAAACACUUAUUAUUACACAUUUACAGACACAGAGAUGUUCAUACUGGUGAAAAAUGAAGGUAAAUUUCUAAUAAAGAAGUGUGUUGUACACAAACCAUA